AUGGGCUUAUUCGGCCUGUUCCAAUCCGAAGAAGACAAGCGGGCGGAAGAGAUCCGCAAGGGCACCGUUGCGCCAACGCGUGCUGAGAGACAAAAAUGCUGGGCCUCGAGGGACCUCUUCUACGCCUGUCUCGACAAGCAUAACAUUAUUGAUCCUAUAAAGGAUGAGAAGGCUGCUACGAAGAAGUGCUCUUCAGAAAAUGCUGCGUUCGAGAGGGAUUGCGCGGCUCAAUGGGUCACAUACUUCAAGAAGUGGAGGGUGCAAGAUAUCCAGAAGAAGGCCAGGUUGAAGGAACUCGAGGCUCAGGGAGCGUACAAGAUGGAUGUCCAGACAGAGUUUGCGCCCAAGAAGGAUUGA